GCUGGAACAGGACGCGAAAGUCCUGAGGUUAUAAUUCCGCGCGUUCUUAAAUACCCGGAGUUUUUGUCUGCGUUAGAGAAGUGAAGAUCCGCCCGAGUCGUCUCACCUGCAUCUGACCUGUGUCUGAUUUGCGUGUUGUCACGUCUCCUCUCGGAUUAGAAGCGCGGGGAGAACCACAGGAGAGAUCAUUUGUAAAACAAAACGUUUUGCAUCGCCCGAGAACCCGAGUGCUGACGUGAGACCGGUUCUGUUACGUGCUCGUUUACGUAUAUUCAAAGUAAACAUCGUCACUGCCUCGUCUACGGAGACAUGAAGGGACGUUUGGGGGGGGAACAAACCCGCAUACAUAAUAGAAAGAAAAUCCUGGGAGAAAUUCUCGUCCACACGUGAAAAACGUGUCAUUUUCAUGAGAUUUUUUUAUUAAAGAGGAGAGAGAGAGAGAAAGGAGCGACGAUGACCAAUGUUACACCAUGUCCUUUUCUUUCAGGAACAAAUACUUCUGAACAACUUCUAGUGUGUGUAGUUGGUGUGUGUGUAGUUGGUGUGUGUGUAGGGCGUUUCACAGCUGCUGAUGGUUCUAAAGUUCAAAUAGAGAGCAAGCUAAUAAUAAUAUUAAUAAAAAGAAGGAAAUGAAUUUUAAUCUGUCAGUCAGCAGCGAUGUCGAUGAUGGUGGAACCAUAACAAAACCCUGUGAAGGACAAUUCAGGACAAAAAGUUCAGAAUCUGGCCUUCUGUCUGCUCUCUGCCAUUUUUAACAUCUCUCUCACACACACACACACACACACACACACACACACACACACACACACGUCCAGUACUGAACAGAUCUCCAUUUUGUGUUGUAUUUCUGUGGAAACGCUCCUGUGAUCAGUGACGUCAGACUCCGUGAGUCUUUACACGUUACAGCGGAUUGCCUCAUCGCGCCUCCCGAUGAGUGUGUUGCUUAUUUGAAGGACUUUUCGGCGCAGAACAGACGCUGCCCCUUUAAGAAAUCUGCCCUGGAGCGGGGGCGGGAGAGGUGCCGGUGAAAUGCCGUCUGAUUGGCCGAGCUCCUCUCUGAACUUUCGCGUCAGAAGGUGGUGUUUCUCGUCUGGCAUAAAAUAACAUGUCCUUAUUUAGAGCGAGGCGGACCGUACCAUUUCCUCCAGAGGUGGAACCUGAGCGGAUUAUUGACCUGCUUUCAGAGAUGAGAGAAACGGAGAAGUUCUCAGAAUUCAGUCCUGACAAGAUCUCUCUCUCACAAGCAUGCAUUUAGUGCUCUCUCUCUCUCUCUCUCUCUCUCUCUCUCUCUCUCUCUCUCUCUCUCUCUCUCUCUCUGCAGCUUUGUUGUAUUGUCCCUGGCUCCCCUCUAGGCCCAUGAGAAUGGUAUCUCCCACAGGCGGCUCAUACCCCCUCCCUAAAUCUGAUUUAUCUCCACUGCUAGGAAAUGACUGUGUCUCACAGUGAAGUGUGUGUGAGCUUCUGCUCGAUAACUGAUUGGACUCUAGCAGGAAUGUGACCUUUUUCUGCAGUUUCUUCAUGUUCUUCUUCCUCCAUUUCCAAUGUUUCUGAGGUUAAGACCAUGGCCUCUCAGUCAGGCAACAUGAACCGUGAAGACCGGAAUGUGCUCCGUAUGAAAGAAAGAGAAAGGAGAAAUCAAGAAAUCCAGCAGGGAGGAGAGGCCUUUCCAGCCAGCUCCCCCCUCUUUCCCGAACCUUAUAAAGUGUCCAGCAAGGAAGACAAACUCUCGAGUCGCAUCCAGAGCAUGCUAGGAAACUACGACGAAAUGAAAGAAAUCAUCGGUGAGCCUCCUAUGUCCAAACUCCUGGCCAAAGGAUCGAACGCUUCCUCCUCAGAGGAGAAGUCUCUGUACGCCGAGCAGCGAGGCGGAGUCAGCCAGAAUCAGAGCAACAAAUGGACUCCUAUCGGUUCAAACUCCGGAACCUCUUCCUCAUCUUUAUCCAAGUCCCAGAACCGCUCAGGUUCGUCCAAUCAGAGCGGCCACGGCACGAGCCAGCGCAGCGGUGCUAACAGCCAGCGGCACGAACGCGAAUUCAGUAGCAAGAAAUCCAGCAAACAUGAGCACAAGGGCUCCACGAACUCGAGCGGACACUCGCGCUCGCUAGCGGUCGAGCAGCACGGCAAGGAGCGCUACCACUCCAAAUCGCCCAGAGACCGCGAGGCCAACUGGGACUCGCCAUCCAGAGUGCACUCCUCCUCCUCCGCUUCCUCCGCCUCUGCUUCAUCGUCCGCCUUUCCCAGCGGGCAGCACUCAGGCCAGGCUUUUCCUCCCUCGCUCAUGUCCAAACCCGGCUCCAUGCUGCAGAAGCCCACUGCUUACGUCAGACCGAUGGACGGUCAGGAGACGGCCGAGCCCAAGACCUCCUCGUCCUGCUCCGCUUCCUCCUCGGAGUCGUACGGAGGCCAGUCACAUGGCAGCAGCGUCGGAGAGAUGAAGGCCAAUGGAAAAGCGGCGCUCACCAAGCUCAAGAUCCCGGCACCGGUAGAGGGAGCUCUGACGGGAGACGUGAGCUGCGUGGAUGAGAUUUUAAAGGAAAUGACCCAGUCCUGGCCUCCUCCGCUCACAGCCAUACACACCCCCUGCAAGACUGAGCCUUCCAAGUUUCCUUUCCCGACAAAGGAUGGCCAGCACACCGGUUUUGGAGGACUCAAAAAAAGCAUCUCAGGAAAAGGCUCGUCCGCCGCGCAGCAGGCCAAGGCGUGCGAUGGAGACCAGUCCAACAUGCUUCAUGACGAUCUCAAACUCAGUAGCAGUGAAGACAGUGAUGCAGAACAGGAGUCCGCUAAAAGAAACACGUCGGCAAGUAAUAAUAAUAGUGAAGUAGCUGAGAGAGAGGACUCCAGUAGCCACAGUGGCUCAGAGAGCAGCUCGGGAUCAGAAAGUGAGAGCGAGAGCAGCUCUACGGACAGCGAGGCCAACGAACCGCCUCGCGCUGCCUCACCUGAGCGAGAACAGCCUCCAGCCAAUAAGUGGCAGCUGGACAACUGGCUAUCCAAGAUAGAGGACCGAGACAACAACGCUGCUCGCGGUUACAGCGGCAGCCAGGGGCCCAAAGACUCCGCCCCCGCGCCGGGCCGGGACCAGCGGACCACGCAGAAGGGCUCUGAGAGCGGCCGGGGGAGGCAGAAGUCUCCGGCGCAGAGCACUGAGGGUGGUGCCAACACCAGCCAGAGGCGCUCGGUGGGCAAGAAGCAACCCAAAAAGUCAGAGAAGCCAGCCGUGGCAGAGGAGCCGAAAGGCAGCCUGAAGGUGGAGAGCGAGCCCCGGGCCGAGACGCCGCAGCACCGUGCGAGAGCGCCCAACAAGGGUCCACGCAAACCUGCUGCGAAGAAAGAGCCCAAGAAAGAAGUGCGAGCCCCUCCAGAAAAGCGCAAAUCCAAGCCUCAGGGCAAACAGAAGUCGCGAGAGUUUUUGGAAACGGAGCCGUCGUCGUCCUCGGACUCGGACGAGGAAGAAGAGGAGAGUGCUCCAUCUUCCUCACACACUCCAAAGUACGCCCCCCACGUUUUCUCCCCCAUGGAAGAGAAAGACCUCCUCUCUCCGCUUAGCGAGUCUGACGAGAAACUAAUGGCGCCCAGGCAGCUGCUCGUCUCGAUCGACCUCAGCCUGCUGAGCCGAGUCCCGGGCCGCGUUUAUAAAGACGCAGAGGUGAAGAUGGAGCGGGACUCGGCUAGCGACGGCAAGGACUUCCAGAAACAGCCGGGGGAAAGUAAAGCUAAUAAAGGCAAGAGGAAACAUAAGAAUGAUGACAGCCUUAAACCAGACAGCAAGAAGUCCAGGAUGGAGGAGAAGUCUUCGCACCAUAAACCGAAUAAGGAGUCAUCGAAGCGUGUGGUGGAUAAGGAUAAAGAGCCUGUCCCGUCUCCUUCCCUGAGCCUUCAGCGCACGCCCAAGUCAGAGCACCAGGGUCGCAAACGCACGGCCAGUCAGUCGUCCAGCUCACUGCCCAUCAGCACCAACAGCAAGGACGUCCCCAAGAGCAGCUCCAGCUCCAAACACCGCAAGGGCGAGGACAAGCAGAGCCGCAGCAGCCGAGACACCAAGGAUAAAAGCUGUAAAACAGAGAAUCAGCUGGCUGUACCUCCUCUCUCCUCGGACAAUUCCAAGAGGUCCAAGCUGCACUUUGAGGACCGGGUUCAUUCAGCCGACCAUUACCUCCAAGAAGCUAAGAAGCUGAAACACAAUGCAGACGCUCUGAUGGACAGAUUUGAGAAAGCGGUGUAUUACUUGGAUGCUGUAGUGUCCUUCAUCGAGUGUGGGAAUGCGUUGGAGAAAAGUGCGCAGGAAGCAAAGUCCCCUUUCCCCAUGUAUGCUGAAACUGUGGAACUCAUUAAGUACACUAUGAAGUUAAAGAGUUAUAUGGCACCAGACGCUACCUCAGCAGACAAAAGGCUGGCAGUGUUGUGCUUGAGAUGUCAGUCUCUCCUCUACUUAAGGCUCUUUAAACUGAGGAAGGAAAGUGCACUGAAGUACUCGAAGACACUCACUGAACAUUUGAAGAAUUCAUUGAGUAAUACUCAGGCGCCGUCUCCUGGGAUGGGAAAUAAAGCGGUCGGUAUGCCGUCCCCAGUGUCGCCCAAAGUGUCUCCAGGCAGCGCAGGCAGUUACUCCUCCAGCAGCUCCUCGAGUCAGAGCAGCAGCUCCUCCGUCACCAUCCCACAGCGCAUCCACCAGAUGGCCGCCAGCUACGUGCAGGUCACUUCUAACUUCCUCUACGCCACCGAGGUGUGGGAGCAGGCCGAGCAGCUGGCCCGGGAGCAGAGAGAGUUCUUCACUGAGCUGGAUAAAGCGAUGGGCCCGCUGAUCUUCAACACCAGCAGCAUGACUGAACUGGUCCACUACACACGGCAAGGUCUCCACUGGCUACGGCUCGACGCCAAGCUCGUCUCAUAACACUCUCCCACCUCUUCUUCCUUCUUUUCUCUCCUCCCUUUCUUGCCUUACUCACAUUUAUUUAAUCUGCCUCAGACAUAUGUGACACUGUGUCCAUUAUCAAUACCAGCUUGCCAAAAAAAAAACAACAAAAAACUGAGCAAAGCAACACUGAGUGCUAUUUGGAUAGCCCCGCCCCCUCUCUGCUACUCCUUCAUGGCGAGGUGACCAAACGUCUUCAUCAGCGGAGCGUCGUCAGGCUGCAGCGUCUCGUCCCGCUGGAAAACAAAAAAAGCCAUCUUUUUUUUUUUUCUUUUUUUUAAUCUUGACAGCUGUGAACACUUUUUAUGGUAUCUCUCGCGCUCUCUCGCGCGCGCUCUCUCUCUCGCUCUCUCUCUGUCUCUCUCUCUCUCUUGUUUUUUUUUUUCUUUCUUUUUUUAACCAGCGUACCUCCCUUUAACCAAAGGUGCUUUAAAUAAUAAGGGUUUGUCCUUCUCUCUCUCUUUGUGCCUUGUAUAUGAUAUACAGGAAUCUUGUCUGUGCACACGGGCCGGUUGUGGAACCGGGUUGAAUUGUUAGACAGGAAGUGUGUGACAUGGGGCAAGGCUGCGGAAUGCUAAUGACUUAAUCCGUAAAGCUAGCAUUCCAUUCGGUGCACGGAAACCGGCGUGGCCGAGCUGCAUCACAGAGAGAAAUAUCAUAACAUGCACAAAACAUCAUCCGUCUACGCAGACGCCGAGUCUCGAGCGUGUCGUCUCUCAACACGUCAGCGACGACCAAAAGGACCUGAAGCAUCACCAGUUUAACCCCCAGACUGACCCCCCCCAUCCUCCGUCGUUUUCCCUUUUUCUUCCUCUUCACGUGGACGGUUAUUUUUUUUCCCCGGAUCGUAACAGACGUGAUUUCUACUCGCUUUUAGAUUUCUAGAAGAAUCUGUUUAUCCUCUUCCUAAGCACAUGAAUAUUUUAUUACUGCCGCUUCACUUCUCAACCGUGUGUGUGUGUGUGUGUGUGUGUGUGUGUGCGCGCGUGUGUACACAGUAUAUAUAUUUUAUUUAGAUACAGAAAGUUGUCUUUGUCUGAAUGACAUUUUCACUCACGGAAUAAUGCUCUUCGUCGUCGUCUUCGCCUUGAUUACAGGGUUGUAUUAUGGGAUGUAUAUGAAAUUGCCAUAUUUAAGUAUUUAAUACCACUCUCGGGAUUUUCGUUAUAGCAUCAUAGUUGAUUGUCUAUUAUAACAAAUCAUUUAACAGGAAGGAGACACAUAAGGAAUAUAUUUAUUACACAUACUUUAUAUUUAUAGUUUCUACGUACAGCACAGUACACAGUAUAUUGCAUAUUAAGUUGUUCUGGCCAGAAAAUAUAAGCAGAUUUACUCAUUUAAAAAGAAAAAAGAAAGGAAAAAAAAAAAAUCCAACAAAGAAGUGAAAGUGUAUUUUUCCGUAAGGGUUUGUCCGUGCUGCAGUACGUCUAAGCUAAAUGUGUACAAACUAACGUGGUACAGGAGAGGAGGAUUCAUAUCUCGUCAGUCUGCAGCGUAUUAAAUGCUGGAAAUCUACCAUCUUUUGCACUAGAAAUGUUUUUGUUUUGUUUUUUAUUCUGUCGGCUCCCGGUUUUCUCUGUAGGGACAAACUGUUAUUUCUUCUUGCACUCGUUCAGAGUCGAGGGAGAAAUCAGUCUAUGCAGGCUUUUUUUUAUCGGCUCUCUCGGCUAACUCGGGCAGUAGUUCAGCAAUUACUUCUGCUGUGUUUUCACAAAGUAUUAAACAUCGACGUUAAAGCGUGACUCUAGCUACUUCCUUCUAUAUUAUAUAAUAUAUAAUAUAAUAUAAUAUAAUAUGUAAUAUAUACGGUUCUUGUAAGGGACAACGCACCCAAAGAUAUUCUGCGUUUGCCUUCGUUCAGAUUUGUGUGAAUUUCUCGACUUUUCUGAUGCGGAGAAAUCGUGCUUCAUGUUUGUCGAAGUUAAAUUGCCAAAACGAUGUUGGAGGGUAUUAUUAUUAUUAUUAUUAUUAUUAUUAUUAUUAUUAUUAUUAUUGAUUCAAUAACGUGUGCUUUUUUUCUGGCGUGGAAAGGAAUGUAGCAUUUUUACGGUUCAGAAUAUUAGGAGGCGAAUGCAGACGCGUGACCAAGAGCUUCGGGUGGAAUUUUUAAGACUCUAUUUUUAAACUUGGUUUGAAUGAAAUGACCGUUACACAGAGCCUAAAGAUCAUCAACAGGGUUUACUUGUUUGCAUUUUUAACUUGCGCACUACACUCAUUAGAAGUUCCAAGGUGAGCAGAACUUUAGCUGAUUCACUGCUGUGGCUAAUUUGUUUUUUGUUUAUAUAUAUAUAUAUAUAUAAAUAAAAUGUCCUUUUUAAGCAACAUCUAGCUUUUUUUUUUUCCUUAAUUUUUUUUAAGAGUUUUUUUAAAUGGAAUAAUAAUACACUUGUAACUAUAAACCAGGGUAAAACUGUUCUCUGACACCUUCUACAAAAUGAAAACACUUGCAUGUUUGUAUUUAAAUGCUCCGCUGUAUAAAAUGUACAUAACGUCUCUUUUAGGGUAAAUUUUUAUGGCAGUUUAACAUUUGUAUGAAGUUGUAAAUAGAAUGUUAAUAUUAGACUCAUCAUUGCUGAACUUCUCUUUUAUCGACACUGUACAUCAGGAUUUCCCCCAAUCACAUCAAUACUGUGUGUUUAUUUUGUUUUUUUUGUUUUUUUUAAAGGUCUAAAUCUUUAUCCGUAGUGCUGUUUUAUCAUUGAACUUCUUCUUAGAAAGGCUUUGUAUGUCUUAUGUGAUGCGGAUCGUUGUGAUGGAGUGAUCUUGGGAGUUUUUAAUCCCGUCGGAAUGAGAUGUUGGACGUGAACCCUUUAGCACGGCCGUAGCCGCUGUCUUUCCGCGACGUUUCUGACGUGUACGUUCAGCUGUUCUCUACGUGUUCGUGUCGUACUCAUUUUAGGAUUUACAAAAUGCAGAUUAUUUCUGCAAACGUUCUGCAGUCGGUUAUAAUCCAAAUCAGUUUAAAGUAUUGAAGAGAUUGAUCAGAGAAAUUUACAUAUUAUAUAAUGGAUGCAAUAUGAUUUACCAUUUAAAGGUACUCUCAUGAGCCUCGAUUAUCCUUAACUUGUAAUUUAAAAAACACUUUUUUUGUGAAGUGAGUAUUACUGGAUACUAAUGGGUUUUCUGAGUCUUUGUAUUUUGCUGUAUUGAGAAUAAAAUAUAUAUGAUUAUUGAA